AUGUUGUUUGACUUUCAUAGAGCGCAUUCCGACUACCAUCGGUGGGUAACCGAGGUCUGUGAGCAAAACAUAGGCGUCCGAAUCUCCCCAGUCGCUUUAUUGCCUACCGGAUACGUGCCUCUGCAGGAACUGAGAAACUAUUGGGAUCAAACCGAUCUCGUCCGCCCUUUCGCUCUCGGAACGAAUGGCAGCAUGUUGAUGGACGAAUCCAACAUCAUCGGGCAUUACCUGAGGAUAUUUGCUACUCUCGUGUACAUAUCAACCCCUCAGGAUUCCGUGGUUUGGUAUCUCGAUAACUUUGCCCGCAAAGAUCGCACUGAUGCCAAAUUGCCGUUCCACAAGAUUGAGGAUCUCGACGACAUAUUCGGAACCACGGAUGCCGCUCAACGAGUAAAGACGCAGUUUUACAAAUCGCAUUUUCGAUUCAGUCCUCAGCAGCUAGCUGAGGGAACAAACCCGAUUCUAAAUAACACUGAGCUGGCUGGUGAAGUUAUCCUACCCUUGAAGCACCGUGGGAAGGUGCAGUCAGGUACCGAAUCAGAAGCCGACCUCGAGCUGUUUGAAUUUUCAUCAUCAAGCGGGCUACAAGCCAGGACGACGAAUCUAGUUGCGAAGAUAUACCCUCCCCGCGAGAUCGACUUUACUUUUCGCAGCGAGCUAGAGGCAUAUUCAGCCUUGAAAUGGCAAGACAGCACAAAGAUCAAUUCCGAUUACUUUCUACAGUAUUACGGUUCAUUCGUUCAAGGUACCCGAGGCGUGAUAUUGCUGGAGUACGCCGACCAAGGGAGCCUGUUGGAUUUCUUCAGGAGAGGCCAGCUACCGUAUACGCGUGAGGAGAUGUUCAUGCUCUGGGAGCGUCUCUCCAGUCUGUUUAUCGGCCUUGCGCGGAUUCACGGUGUCCGGAAACCCAAAGACGUCCGAAUCCGAGGCGUCCAUCAGGAUGUAAAGCCAUCCAACAUCUUUGUUUUCUCCGAUGGAGACGCGACAGAGUUCAGGUUCAAGUUCAAAAUCGGCGACUUUGGUCUAAGCAGCUUCGAAAAGACUACCGACACACUCGAUCCUUCGUUGCCGGACCAUAAGAGUACGAAGGUUUACGGAGCUCCUGAGUUGAUGUCGUGGCAUGUCGAUCUGGACGAUCUGGACCUCAGGGUAAACGCGGAGGUUGACAUGUGGUCUCUCGGUUGUGUUCUCUUUGAGACGGCUGUUUGGUCCGUUUGUGGAGAGAGGGGUCGAGAAGAAUUCCUAAGGCUACGACUGGAGGAAAGGGGGCACCCUGAAGCUCGUGGUCGAUUUCACAACGGAGUGGAGAGGCUCAGAGCGCUCGAUACGAUGACCAACAGGCUUCUUGAUCGACGUCGUUGUUACGACAACGUAACAAACUCGCUAUGCAAAUGGAUCUGCGAGAAUCUGUUGGUAGGGGAUCCAACAAACCGCCUGAAUGCUGGCCAGGCCCAAUACCGUUUUGAGGAAUUGCUGCGGAAGCUCGGAGCGGAAGCCCAUCAUGAUCAGUCGAAUUACGAGUUGGCAAGACUGUCUAUGCACUCGCCUCACUCGUCUCAAUCAUACAAUUCACCGAUUCGAGAUACCCUCACAGCCCAACCGACCCCCCCAGGGAUCCAUCCCACACCAGCAUCUCCUCAGCAGUCAUCUCCUUCGCCGUACUCUCCCGGUCGAACAUCCGUGUACGUGGACCACACCAACAACCAAACUACCACGCAGAGACCCCAGCCAAACCAAUAUUACACCGCUCCUGGGUCUGUUCCAGUCCAACAAGAUAGCAUGAAUCACCAUUAUCCUUCUGAGAACGCGACAGGGCUUCCGAGGGCUAGCACUGUUGCUCAGACUGAUGCAGUUACUCAGCCACGGCGUCACACUUAUACCAUUGCCUCGGGCCCAGGUGCCGCUACUCAUAACGGCUCUCACUUCACAGUCCUGAACGAGGGAGAAGAGUUGCCGCCAGUGGAAUCUCAUGCAAGAUAUCUUGCUCACGAUCCCGCAGCCUCAGUUGCAGCAAGUCAAACUGGAGCUGAAGAGCUAGGAACACAACUCAAUGCCUUGUCGAUCAGUCAACCACAGUCGACGACGCCAUCCAAUCCAAAGCUGAGCAGGAAUACUCCCCAGCGCCAGGGACUGCCGGAUAUUACGAUACAACAAUUGCUUGAGUGGAAGGCCAGAAGACGCUCCGGCCAAGAACUACCGGAAGAGUUGGCUGGGAUACCAAAUGCGCUUUUAGGGAGAGAUCAGGUAUUUCUUGUUGAUAACUCGAAGAGCAUGACAAAGUACUGGCAUGAAGUCCAGAAUGCCAUUGAGGCGCUUGGAUGGGUCGUUAAACGAGUAGAUCCGGAUGGCGUAGAGCUCCGAUUCACAUCGAAACCAACACAGAAGUUCAAGAGCAAAAGAUCGACGGAACUACUCGAGAAGGUCAAGAUGAACUCACCCCAAGGCGAUACAUGCAUGAUGGAACUGGCUCUCAGCGUGUUGAUCGACGAUCUUGUGCCCGCGUCAGCCGGUGCGGCGAAAACAUCUAGGAUCAUGAGAGCCCUGAAUAAGCCGAAGACGGGGAUCAGCAUUUACAUUCUGACGAAUGCAGUAUGGAGUGGGAAGAGCGAUUAUUCCAGCGGACUGGGAGCUCCCGCCGCUAGCCCGGACUCUGGCUCCAAACCAGACAUGUGCGGUGUCGACUCGGCGGUUCGAACCCUCAUUGACCGAGUACACAAGGGACGCCACAACCGGUCAUAUGUCACGUUACAAUUCAUCCGGUUCGGCCACGACUCUGUGGGGAAAAGGCGGCUGUCCUAUCUCGACAACGAUAUAUCGGGAGAAUGGGACAUUGUCGACCGACGGUAUCACGAAAGGGGAAUGCGUGCGAUGAUAAUAGGGGCCAUGAAUGAGAACGAAUACCCGUCUGACGACAGUGACGCUGAGAACGUCAGCGAAGGGGGCUGA